CUACGUCACCGCGCACGCCUUUGCGUGCGUGUCCUACGCCAGCGAGAGGCAGCGAGAGGGAGGGGGGCGAAAAAAAAAAUCGCCGCCGUCUCCGCCGCUGCCCCCCCCCUCACCCGGCCGCCCCCGCGUGGAGCCCAGACGCCCCUCCGUCGUCGUCGUCCCCAGCGCGGGAUCCCCGCUCUGGUUCUUCUUUGGCGGGGGAAAUGCCUCGGGUCUAUAUCGGGCGCCUUAGCUACCAGGCCCGAGAGCGGGACGUGGAGCGCUUCUUUAAAGGCUACGGGAAAAUCCUCGAAGUGGAUCUCAAAAACGGGUAUGGCUUUGUUGAGUUUGAUGAUGUGCGUGAUGCAGACGAUGCUGUUUAUGAACUAAACGGCAAAGAUCUUUGUGGGGAGCGUGUAAUUGUUGAGCAUGCUCGAGGCCCUCGUCGUGACAGCAGUUAUGGUUCUGGACGCAGUGGAUAUGGUUAUAGAAGAAGUGGAAGAGAUAAGUAUGGGCCUCCGACCCGUACUGAAUACAGAUUGAUCGUUGAAAAUCUGUCAAGCCGUUGCAGUUGGCAGGAUUUGAAGGAUUAUAUGCGUCAGGCAGGUGAAGUGACAUAUGCUGAUGCACACAAGGGGAGAAAAAACGAAGGUGUGAUUGAAUUCAAAUCUUAUUCAGACAUGAAAAGAGCCCUUGAAAAACUGGAUGGGACAGAAGUAAAUGGUAGAAAGAUAAGACUAGUGGAAGACAGGCCUGGGUCCAGGCGCCGCCGUUCUUACUCCAGAAGUCGUACUCAUUCAAGGUCUCGCUCUCGAAGCAGACAUUCCCGUAAAAGCAGGAGUCGUAGUGGCAGUAGUAAAAGCAGCCAUUCAAAGAGCAGAUCGCGAUCCAGGUCUAGAUCUCAUUCCAGAAGCAAGAGCCGCAGUCGGAGCAAAAGUCAUAGCAGAGGCCAAAAGGAAAAAAGCAGGAGUCCAAGUAAAGAUGAUAAAAGCAGGAGCCGCAGUAGAAGCGCCGAGAAAUCUCGAAGUAAAAGUAAAGACAAACCACAGGAUAUAGUUCAAAAUGAUGGUGACCACCAAGCAAAAAGCAGAAGUCCCAGCAAGGAAAAGAGUAAGAGUAAAAGCCGCAGUAGGAGUGGCAGUAAAGAGAGGGUAGAAAGGGAGGAAAGGAGAAGCGUAAGGGGCAGUCGGAGCAAAGAGAGAGAGAAGAGUGUCAGCAAGGGAAGGAGCAGGAGUAAAGAAAGGAGCAGGAGUAGAAGCCGUAGCAAGAGCAAGGACAAAAGGAAAGGUAGGAAGAGGAGCAGGGAGGCUAGUAGGAGCAGGAGCAGGAGUCACAGCAGAAAUGAGAGAAACAAGAGAAGGAAUAAACAUGACAGCAAGUCUAGUAGCAAGAAGAAAAAGAGAGAAGAUCAAGAGCGGUCCAGGUCCAGGUCCAGGUCUAGGUCUCGAUCUCAAUCCAAGGAAAAAGAGCGUAUAAAAACAGAACCUGACCCGAAAGACGCCAAAGGCGAGGGUGAGGAAAUGGACACCAGUUGUAGAUCAAGAUCAAGAUCAAAUUCCAAAUCUAAAAAUGUCAAAUCAGAAUCUCGGUCCAGAUCCAAAUCAGUUUCAAAAACAAGAUCCCAGUCGAAGUCUAGAUCGAGAUCCGCUUCUAGGUCACAUUCUCGAUCUAGGUCGCGAUCUCGGUCCAGAUCUUAAACUUGCUGCAACCCACAUUUAGAGCUCUAUGAGAAGUCUUUUGUACAUGUUUGGUAGUUGUAGCACAAGUGAUUGGAGUAGAACACAUGUCACUGCUGUACAUUUUUAAUCCCCCCCCCCAAAAUGGUGUGUUUGUAAGUGUAAGUCCAGUGCUCCCUCUCUGUUGCACGUUCUGGUACUAGAAGCCGAGGGUUUUCUUCAGGUACGGUGCAUCAUCCUAGAUUUCCAGAACAGCCAUAGAGAAGGAGCAAUGCAUUGAUGGGCUUCUAAGAUUGGAAUGAUGACUCCUAGGUAGGUAUGGUAAUUUCAACAAUUUGCCCUUAAAAUUAAUGCCCCUUGAUGUAUGCCAUUUAGUGAAAAGUGCAAAGUCUUAAAUUUCAUAAUACUUUUUUUUUUUUUGUUUCAUAUUUUGGACUUGCAGAGUAUGUGAAUAGCACAGUCAGGAAAAUAGAUACCUACAGUAAACUAUAGGAAGGGAAGAAACAAAAGUAGAGCUCCACAUUCUGGUAUUGUGACAAUAUCCUUGUUUUAUAUUUUUUAUUUUUCCCCAUCUUGCAAAAGUACAGUGACCCCUGUUUCCAUUAAAUUUGAAUAAAGACUAUUUUUGCUUGA